CGGACGGGCAACGUAAGCGCUCGUCUUGAAUGAGAGAGAGAGAGAAAACAGGCUCACUGCAAUAGGCUAUAUUAUAGUAAGAAGAGACCACUCAGAGAAGCGGACGGACUCAGGCCCCACUGCCUCAUCGCAUCUAAUGGUACCUCCUUGGCAUUUUCUGGAGUAAACAAUUUGGAAGAGGCGACAGCGCGUCAGUGUUCACUGCAGGAUUCGCGUCUGGACAAAAACGCGCACAUUCCAGAGCUGAAUUUGGUUUUCCAAAUUGAUUUACUCCAUCCAAAAUGAUGAUGUUUUUUUUUUCUGUAUCAUAGUUUUAAAGCUCAAAGAUAAGUAUUUUGAGCAUGUUUGAAGAGCGAUUAGAUACGCGUUUUGAUUGAUUAUUUUUUAAAACAUCUGAAAAUGGAACAACAGCUCUCCAAACCCGAACGCAAAAACAUGGACGCGUGUCUGAGACGUCUGAAGCAAGAGCUGGUGUCCAUGAAAGAAGCGGGGGAUGGCCUCCACGCUCAGAUGAACUCCAUGAUGGGCGCCCUCCAGGAACUCAAACUCCUCCAGGUCCAGACCGCGUUAGAAAGCCUCGACAUUUCAGGACGGCCCAUUAACCGAGGCCCCCCACCAGCCACGUCCGCCCCUCCCGUCGCAUCGUCAGCAGCCCGACCCCCCGUGGAUGGGAACCCCGCCGUCCCUUGUCGAAGCCCGACUCCGCCUGAGGAGGUCGGUCCUUUCCCCGGCCUGAGUCCCAUGCUGAGUCCCAGGCCGUCGCCUGACAGCCGAGUCAGCAGCACCAGCCAGGGCAACGGGACGGGGAGCCGGGCCCCCCAGCGGAGCUCCGUCUCCUCCAGCUCCAGCCUGGGACGCAGCAGCAGCAGCGAGGGCACCGAGAGCCCCCAGAGAAGCCAAAGAAGCGAGCCCGAGGCGGUUCCCAGGAGGUGGUCGGGCUACACGGCCCCUCAGGUGGACUUCUGCGGCCCCACGGUGGGCAACCCUCCGCCGGAGCCCGUCCCCCACCCGUUGGCCCCCCGGCGCUCCCAGGUGCUGGACCUACCCGGCAUCCUGUACAGCCUGUCCCGGGAGGGGCCCUCACUGGACAGCGACUACUCCCAGGACAGCAUGGACGACUCCAGCGACUGGACCUCCUCGCUCAUGAGCCAGCGGCGCAACCGGCAGCCCCUGGUGCUGGGGGACAACGUCUUCGCCGACCUGGUGGGCAACUGGCUGGACCUGCCCGAGCUGGAGAGGGGCGAGGAAGAGGCGGCGGCAGAGGAGGAGGAGGUGCUGGAGGAGAUGAGGAAGAGGAGGGGCGAGAGGAUCACGGACCGGUGGCCGGACCGGCCCGACAGCCCGGCCCACCCGCUCCGCCUCAGCAAGUCCCAGGAGAUCUCCAAGAAGUUCUCGCUGACCACCAACAUCUUCAAGAAGUUCCUGCGCAGCGUGCGGCCCGACCGGGACAAGCUGCUGAAGGAGCGGCCCGGCUGGGUGGCCCCGGAGCACCCGGAGGGAGACCUCUCCAAGAGGCCCAAGAAGGCGGCGCCCAAGAGCAACGCCAGGGGGAGCUUCUACCUGCCCUUCUGGGCCGCGGGACAGCUUCAGCAGCAGCAGCAGCAGGGCAAAGGCAGGCCUGGCCCUCAGGGGUCGGGCCUGGAGAAGGGUCAGUACCAGCCUCGACAGCAGCUCCACCAACAGCACCACCCGACCUUCUCGGGGAUUUACUUGGACCGGAAUACGGCAGAGAGCCGGUUGGAGAGGACGCAGCCCCUGUUUGACCACAACACAGCUGUGUGGGUCUGAGCGCGGUUCCAGAACUGAAGCCAUGUGGCUACCAGACUGGCAACAGCAGCUGCUGCUGCCGUCGCGAGGACUUGGCCGCAGAAGAAGCAGAGACACUGACCCACAUACAGACAUUUUUUUCCUGAACUUGAUUGAGAAAGGAUGAACUUGACACACACACACACACACACAAACAGACACACACAUUUCCAGUUGUGUCUGACAAUCCUCAAACUUAAACCUCAAUGUUGGUGGUGUGUGCAUGCAUGCAUGUGUGUGUAUGUGUGGUGUGUGUGUGUGUGUGUGUGUGUGUGUGUGUGUGUGUGUGUGUGUGUGUGUGUGUGUGUGUGUGUGUGUGUGUGUGUGUGUGUGUGUGUGUGUGUGUGUGUGUGUGUGUGUGUGUGCAUGCGUCUGUCUAAAAGAGAUAGCAAAUGAACAAAAUACAAUAAUACAGGAUGGAGAUUUUUGUUAUCAUUCAUCCUCACGCCUCUGCACGCAUGAUUUACUUUCCUACAGCUACUUCAAAAACACAACAUCUGACUCCCAUAUCAGAAUGUCUGCAGAGGCAGUCGGCAUUGCGCUUCAUCACGAUAAAGCCUUUUGACAUUUGUGCGUCCACUUCAGAAAUCGUGACAUUUCCCACAGCUACCCGAUAUCUUUUCAUCUCCUCCUUGGUUCAUCUCAUAGCAAUGGGUGCAGCUAAAAAAGCAACAAUUCCUUGAGCUGCAUGAACUUAUUUUUGUUAUUAUAAAGUGCAACUCAAUGUAUCUUUUAUCUAAAACACAGCCAAUCAAUGGAGGUGCCCCCCCCCCCUUCGGCACCGCAUGGGGGAAGAGAGGUUUAGGGACCGUGGUUUGUAAACAGGUCCCACCCAUAGCCAUUUCAUGUUCCAUUCACUAGGCUCAGGGAAUGGAUGGAAGCCAGCACAACACAGGACACUGCCAUAAGUACACACACACACACACACACACACACACACACACACACGCACACACACACACACACACACACACACACAUGGGACAACUGACACUCCCUGUUGAUCGUGCCUGGAUCAUCGCAUGUUACUGUCUUGAGUCAGAACAUGUUGUGCCCGCGCGACAGGCCGGAACCCCUCGGUCAAUCUCCAGACAUGGCACACCGUGCGUCAACGGUCAGUCCCGGCGGGGGCAGGGGUGUUUUAUAAAAAGAGAAGGGUGGGGGAGGGGGUGGGGGGGGUGUUAUGAUGGGACAGAUGAGACAGGGGCACCAGUCUUUGAAAGGGAGAGAGACACACUGACUGUACGACGGCCAUCUGCUGCACACUCAUUAUGUGGAGCUCAACACCCAGACUCUCCAAGGAGACACAUUACAGGUCUGAGGUGCCUGUUGGGCCCAACGUUUCUGGGAGGGGAAAGUAACGCACUAUGCUCAAGAUGUUGCUUAUUUGCAUACUCAUACACACACACACACACACAGUAAUGGCAGUAUACCAGGGCCCAACAGUAUUGUAAAUCUUCGCGCCCAGGCAGGUAACCAGCUUUUCGUGUUUUCUGAGAUGUACAGAACAUUGUGCACUUACGGUGUCUGCCAUUUACCCCACAGAGCAGCAAUAAGACACUCGAUCUUUUCCGAUUGCAUGAUUCCAGAGUAAACGUUGUUGUUUUUUUCUCCAUAUGACACAAAUAAAACAUCACAUGACAGUAACACAAGAGUAACGUACACAGUACAGUUCAGUACAGUAAGCCAUUUACCACACGACUUGUAUCUAAACAGUGAUUUUAUGUGUCAAUCUCUCGAUUUUGUUAUAUCAUAAUGAAUACAAUGUUUACCUUCAAUCUACUUCGGUGUAACUUCUCUUCCUUUUUAAACACAGAUAUCAGGUUCUGAAAAACGUGACGAAUAAUGACAAAUCCCUCACAAAUUCCCUCAGGGUAACCGAUGAUACUGCCUCAUUGAACAAGCCAUUAGCCUAGCAUCUAGUGGACCACAGUUUCACAAUGACAAUCUUAAUUCCCAUUAUGUGUAUUAGAAUCACUUACAUAUUAUGUCCAAAAACAACCCUUUGUACAAACAGGACUUUGGUCAUCCUGGGAGUUUCUUUUCAAUUUUCGGCCAGCCAAUCCAUAUGGUGUUGGUCACAGUAUUCAGGUCAACCAACCUCCUAAGUAACCCCAAAUUGGACGUUUGUCUAAGGAGGACACAGAGACAAGAGACUUCUUAAGGCGCGAGGCACCGUCUGAGAGGUCAAUCUAUCACAGUGUUUUGUAUGAAAAUGUAUGUAAUGAAUAAUAAUACUGAUUUCCAUUGGGGUUCUGUGAGCCCCUACAUGUUGUUGAUUCUGUGUUACGUACACGAUGUAAAACUGUCACUGACUCUUUGUAAAUUAAAUCUGUUUUCAGAAUAUCA